AACAGCAUUUUAGAAUGCCAAAAAUGAUCGUGGAAAAAAAAGAAAAGAAGGCAGAAAAAAGAAAAAAGCUGAAGGAAGAUGUGGCCCAAAAGGACGAGCUGGAAUUGGAAACCAAACCAAAGAAGAAGAAGAAGCAAAAGCUGCUACAAAAGAAGAGGAAGAGCUUAUUGCAGAGGAAGAGGAAGAACUUACUCCAGAGGAGAAGAGGAAACUGGAAAGAAAACUAAAAAAAGAGCGCAAGAAGAAAGAGAAACAGCUGAUGAGGGAAGCUGGAAUCCCCAUAAAGAAGGUGGAGCCCAAAAAGCCAUCGGGAUGUGAGCGAGCUCUGGCCUAUUUAACCAGCUGGUCUAAAAACCCAGAAGAAUGGAAGUUUCAGAAGACAAGACAGACAUGGCUUCUCCUGCACAUGUAUGAUAAAGAGAAGGUUCCAGACAAGUAUUUCACCAUUUUACUGGAUUAUCUGCAAGGGCUUCAGGGCAAUGCACGAGACAAAACUGUGCAGAAAGCUGAAGCUUUUAUGAAGGAAUUUGAUGGUUCUGAUGGAGAAGACCCAAACCUGCUGGGGAAGUGUGAGCGCAUCAGACAAGUUCUACAACUGCUGUCCUGAGAGUAUUUCUGUGUCAUAAUUGUUUGGUGGAGGGAAGGACAGCAUGUCACAUACAGAGGCUGUAGAGGAUUUGUAAAGAUAAUGCUAAAUUUUAUACUCGUAAUUUUUUCCAAUUGAAAAUAUUUAUCAUGUUUUGAGGUGAUGAAAUAAAAAUAACAUAUAUAGCCCAUAGUAUUGCUAUUAAUCUUAUUUCACCUCUUUAGAAGAAUAAACAUCUCUUCCUCUCAUUAGUUUUUCUACAUCUCCCCCUCUAAUUACUGUUAAAUAUGAGGAACAUUGCAGCUCUUAAUAUGAAGAGCAAAGGAACCAACAUAAAGCCUGGAGGGUCUUUUACAAUGGCAGCUUUUAAAAUGAGUGUACAGUAGAGUGCAUGCUCAGCCAGCUGUAAUCUCUCACUUUCAGCUUCAGAAGGAUGCCACUUGGAUUUGGGAACGAUCAUUUUCAGUCUGUUGAACACAGGUUGUAUAACACAGUUGCUUAUUAGUACUUCACACGGUGAUCUGGAGAUGCCAUCAGCUCUGUUGGUUUUCUUUUUAUAUUUUAAAGUUUUUAAAUGCAUUAGGACAAUUGUUUAGAUACUCAGAUAAUGCACAGAUGGGAACAGAUCAAAUCCUUGACUAUAUGUGGUGAAAUCAUCACAUUGUAGCUAAAAUUAGCCUACAAUCAGAAGUGCUGUGCUGUAUCCAGCCUGCCAAUAUUGCAUUUUCCUCUUCCUCUUGCAACUGGCAUCCAAAAGAGUUAAUUCAUGUUCAUUCCUUUUGGCAGGGGACAUUUGUGUCAUGAAUGUGCUGAAAGUGAGGCUUUCAAGUAAAAACCAAGGACAUUAAUUACUCAAAGUUGGAUGAUUGGCUUAUUUAAUAACACUGGUAUUCAGACAGAGUUCUUGACCUGAUUCUUUAAUGUUUCUGCAAACAUUGUUCAUACUUUAUUAAUAACAACUAUAUGAAAUGUGUGGUGGUGUAGAAGAGUGGCUGUCUUUGGGAAUUACAGCUUUAAUUUGGGUGGGUGAAGGAGGGGAGGAUCUGUGGAUAUGCAGGCCUGAUUUUCCAAUAAGAAGCAUUUGAGUGGAUUUGACAGCUUUCAUCGUCAUGGCUUAGUACAAAUCUUUGAAAGUAUGAAAUGUAUUACUAAUAACAAAUAACUUAUGCUUUCUGACUUACUGAGAAGGAUGUUUUCAGCCAAAAAAGACUAGAAACCAGCAUGCCCUCCUCUAAAAGAAUAACUGGGAUGGAGUUUGGCACAAGAAGGGGCAGAAUUGAGCGGCAGUGUCCAGGUUCUUCAUUGAGCUGCUGACAGUGCCUUCAGGGCACAGCUGGAUGAAGGCUGCAGAGGAGACAGAGCCAAAGCCUUUCUGAGCUGUAUAGCACUGAUCUUCCAGUGAGAAACCUGGUGAAAAGGAUCUGUAAUAAAAAGAAGUGAUCCUGACAUUUAGUGAACUCAUAAAGAUCAUUUGGGUCAUAUAUUUUACAUGAGAAUGCGCAGCUGGGAAAAGCUGCUGUCCCUCCAAGCAGAAGCUGAUAUUUGUUUCUUUCCAUGAGGGAAAAUAGGAAUUUUUCAGGAAUGAAGUUUUCAAAGUGUCUUUCUGUGAGUUUAUCAUUGCAUGUUAGAUGUCAGAGAAGAAUUUUUGUUCUCCCUCAAGACAUUUGAACAUCACCACUUUGAUUUCUCUGGCACACAAAAAUGUGAGUCCUCAUUGUGCACUCAAUAUACCUCCUAGCUUAGAAGCACAAGCACAUUGCAACUGCACUUUGGAAAAGAAUUGUAAAAAAGAUGAUGAAGGUAAGAUCUGGGCAAAAAUAAGGGAGCAUUUUAUGAUUACAUAUUUGGCAAGAUUUGCCUUUCCUGGACCUUAGUUCUGACCAUGUGCAAAUGCUGACAAAUCUGUAAGAAGAGAAGCUUUGUAGAUCAAGAAUGUCAUGUUUCAUUUUGUAUGAAAUAAUAUUAAAAGCACACAAGGCCUGUCAAUCUGGAGGCCAUGUGAACAGUAGUAUUUGCAAAAAAAACAGUUAGAGCCUCUCACCAGCACAAUAAUGGACCUCUGGGUGUAGAUCCUGCUCUGUUCUCUUCUUCCUUGGCUGCAAUUCCAGCUUUCCCUUCAGUCCCACUGAUUGCUGGGGGAAGGUCACGGUCCUGGGGCUCUGCUUCUUGCAGUUAUGGAAAAUUCAGAAGCUACAGUUGAAGGUAAUUGUUGCUGUGGUUGUGUUUGGCGGAGAAAGCAAAGCAUGGUGCUUCCUGCCACGUGCCUUUUGCUGUAGGUACUGUCCAGUGGUCAGAGGGGUCUUGAAUUGGGUAAAAGAUUUGUGAAACUGCUGCUUGGUGGUGCUGUGUCUUGCAUAUCAGAGCUCAAUAUGAAAUGAAAGAGUUGUCUAAUAUUUGAUGUUGUAGUGCAAAUAGAAAAGGACACUUUAAUUGCAUUUCCUUUUUUUUUUACUUUGCACCUUUUCUUCAAGAAUCUUCAGCCAUUUGUUUUGGCAAACAAGUCAUCUUCACAGCAGCCAGGAAAUGCAAGAGCACUCAUUUUUGGGAGAUCUGUAUUGCUAGAUCUGUCUAAAAGACAAGAUUGUGAGGACCCAGAGAGUUUAUCCCACAAACUGCCAAUGCUGUAGUGCCUCUGGCAAGCACAUCUUGCCUUGUCCAUGUGCUGUCCACCUCACCAGCCUCUGCUUCCUGCUCAGCCUGGCAUUUUCAUCCCUGGAUUUACAUUAUGUGAUGAAUAAGUCUAGAAAAAUCUCCUCCAUUGUGCAUUUUAAAUUAUUUAUCUUAAAUUAUUAAGUGUGUAGUCAGUUCCUGAAUUCCUGUAGCUGGUUGGAGCUGUGUGGGAAGAUGUCAUCUGGCACUUUAUUCCCUUUUUGUCACUUGGUCAUAUACAGUUUUCAAAUCUCUGUGCUUGUUUCUUAAGCAAUCAGAUGGGCACAGAUAGAACAAAAUCGUGUCUUUGUCUCUGUUUGAAUCAAUCUGCUGUGUUAAUAAAAAUUGCAUCCCAGGCUAGAAGUAGCAGUGUGUACAGAAUGACAAAUUACAUCUUCAUCUGCCUGCACUAAUCGCCUUCUAGUCGAGUUAAUCUGCAUUGUGUGGCUAGCAGAAUGCAUGUCCUAAGAGAAUGCUGAAGUCAGGACUUCCAGGCAAAAUAAAGGAACACUAAUUACUUAGAAUUGCUUAAAGCUGGAACUGUGCCUCUAAUGGAAGCACUAAUUACUCAAAAUUUGACAGUGGAAGAAUUUCCCUUUAAUUUGGCUGAUCCUGCUAUGGGUUGUGUAUCUAUUUGGUUCUCCACUGUCUGCCCACAAUUUUAAUUUGUUAUCACCAUUGUAAAAUUACUGUGUAAAUGAAUUGUGUUUGUAUUUGGAAAGGGCAUCUUGGACUUGUUGAAUGCGUAGUCUAUUUCCUUAUUUCCUGUCACUGGAAAAUUGCUCUGCUGUGUUUCUCUUCAUUUUAAAGCAAGGUGAUUAUUGACUCAUCUCCCAUUAUUUCAAAUAGCUUAGAAAUGUACAUCUUUGGUUUGAGCUUGGGGGUUUUGGUUUUUUUUGUGGGUUUUUCUAAAUUUUGCCAUUGAGUAAGGCAAAGUAAAAAACAUUAAAAUCUACUCCCAUUUCUGCAAAUCAGUGUCAAAAACAGCAAUCCUAAAAGAGAUUUAAGUUGCAAAAUCAAGCACUCAGAAAAUUAGAAAACAUAAGAAUGGAAAAUGUCUGUGUAAUUUAAAUUUUACUCUUCCAUGCAUAUAUGAUAGGAUGGAACUUCUUAGUUAUGUCAUCAAGGCUGUGUUUUCCUUUGGGUGCAACUGGUAAGUUAUUUAUUCAGUGUUUUCCUUGCAGCUCUGCUGCUCUUCCCAUUUUCAAAAGGUAGGUCUACAAAGCAGUCCCAAAGCCAGAGAAGUAACUUUGCAGUCGGGCUUUGAUCCUGCACAGAAAUAAGUAGGAACUUUCCUUUGGUGUAGGAACUAGUCAUAGAUGUUUCAUCACAAAUGUUCCCUUUAAAACAUGUUUUAAUGUUCUGAUUCAUUUACAGUCAAAAUACCGAAUUGAUGUUACUUAAUUUAAAUCCAUUUUUGUUGACAUAAAACUUUCCAGUGGCUUA